AUGUCAGCGAAUACUGUGACAGAACUUGUUACUGACGAACUGAGACAUGAAUAUAAAGCUACUCUUUUGCAGAUUAAGAAACAAUUAACAAACGACCAGCAAGAAGAACUUUGCUUUUACCACACAGCCGGCCUUACCCCUGCGGAAACUACGGGAAUCCUGAAGCUCUUUCGUUCAUUAGAGAAUCUCCGAAAGAUUUCAUGGGAGGGCGUGGGUUUCCUUAAAGAAGGUUUACAUGCAGUAUCGAGACUGGAUCUUGCCGAAAUAUUGACAAAAUUUGAAAACAAGAGGGAUCUAACAGAACUUGUAUGUACGUAUGCAGGAAUGAAGCAAGGUCUUAGAGCGAAUUGUGGCUCUGAAUCGGUGGAACAGGCAGCAAAGUAUCUCGUUAAAAUGAUGUCGGGGAGACUUCUAGUUCCAGAUGGCACAAAGACCAAAAAUGUUCCAGACGAUUUCCAUGAAGAAAUCGAACCUGAUCCAUAUACCCAA